AUAAUGAUAUUGAAAAUACUAUUAAAGAUCUUGUUAAUGGUAAAAUAAAAAUUAAAGAUUUUUCAAUUAUUCAAGUUUGUAUUAUAAAUGAUAUAUUUUUUUCUUCUGAUAAUCGAAGACUUUACAUAUUUCAAGAAGCAAUUUGUAAAGGAUUAAAUAUUAAUAAAAUUCUAGUAAAAAUAAGAGGAGUAACUGAUAUAAAUAUAAAAUGA